CAGUUGGCUGAGGAGUUCGCUCUGCUUCCAGUACGACACGGCGAGGAUGAGACCAACACCAUACUAGCCAGAGAAAUGCCGCUGCCAGUGAAAGGCGCUCCAGAAUCGCCGCAUACGAAGGCACACAUCCUUCUGCAAGCCUACCUCUCCCGACGGACUCUGGAGCUGCCGGUCUCCGACUAUGUGACUGACACCAAGUCGGUGCUGGAUCAGGCACCGCGAGUCCUGCAGGUAAAAUCCCUCCCUCCCCUCUUUUAUAUUCUCUAA